AUGGACCUCACGCAAUCCUCACAAGCGGUUACAUGUUCUGUACCUAAAAAAGGGGACCAGAUACUGCAAAAUGCCAUCAACUCAUUUCGGACCGUUCUCACAUCCGAGCAGCUUGCCGAGUUCGACUGUAUCCAAUCUGUACCCGAAACAGAUGCGGUUCUUGUAUUCACCGCUGAGUUAGAUCUUCGACGACAGAACAAGAAAGGCAAAAGCAUCGCCAGCCGCCUAUUUCCCGUCCUUCAAGCAGUGCACAGCUUUACGUCUAUCAUCGAUACGUUCAUCUCAUCAAACCCUACCAUUGCAGCCCUUGUUUGGGGAAGUGUGAAAAUGACAAUGACAAUCAUGCUCAAUACUGCGUCUUAUUAUGAAGCCUUUGUUGAGUUAUGUAUGGAGCUUGGCAGGAUUUGCCCCAGGUUUGAGCAAUAUCAGGCUCUGUUCCCCGCCUCCAAACGCCUACAGGAAGCCUUGUGCACUUUUAACGCCUGUAUAAUCGAGUGCUGUAGGCGCGUUAUCGCAAUGCCGAAAAGCUCGAGUGGCUGGACCUCCCCACUUAGUCCACUCAAUCCGUCGUUCUGGCAGUCAUUUCAGCAGGUCUUUGAGUCUGAUCUACAAAAGCUCCGCGAUCACAGUAAGAACGUCAACAAGGAGAUUAGGCUUGCAGCAGAUCAGUCACAGUAUCGAAACAACGAGCUCCAAAGACUAGAGAAUGAACAAGCCGAUCGGUCCAGGCGGUCGCUCGGUCGCUUCAUGUCCCGCACGCGCGAUGACUUUGACACAAUGCACAGGUUGCAGAUCAUGAGAAAGGAGGAAUUAGAGAGACAAACCAAUCAAAAGCUUCUAGACUCUUUAUCUUCUUAUGAUUACAUCAAACCUCUGAAACAAGCCCGCCAGAAGCGAUACCCCAAAUCAGCAGAAUGGAUCUUCAACACAGACGAGUUCAAACGCUGGGUCAAUGGGAAUACACCAAACUUGCUCUGGUGUUCUGGGAAAAUGGGAUCGGGAAAGUCAAUCGUCUCUGCGAGUGUGAUUGACUAUCUUUUGAAUCACCGAUCUAGCGCUCAAAGCCAUGUGACGUUCUUUUUCUCACGAUUUGACGAUUUAGAGUCGAUGAGAGCUGAAACUAUUGUACGAGCUCUUGCUAGGCAGUUGAUCACCAUCCAGGACGUUUCAGGUGAUACUAAGCAGGCUUUGGAGACCAUACAAAAAGCCCAGGAAGAUAUCUCAUCGGAACUUUCUCGGCUCUUGACCCGUCUACUAUCAAGAAAAGGUCCACCGUCGUGGAUUAUACUGGAUGGCAUAGAUGAGUGUCAAAAAGAAGAACGCCAAACGGUCUUCGAGGUGUUGACAUCAAUGCUAGAUGAUGGCAUUAACGCCAGGUUGUUUAUCACCAGCCGGGAUCAUGCGACAUCUAACUUUAAGGGAGUCUCUGCCAACCUAGAGGAAGUUUCUAUGAACUGUUCUCUUGCCCGAGAUGGCAUGGCCCAACUAGUUGAGCAGGCCGUGCAAAAGUGUGUUGAUACUCAAGAGCUACUAGUUAGCGAUCAGAUACUCAUGACCGAAAUUAAGAAUACUCUCACACAGCACGCUGACGGCAUGGUUCUCUGGGUAACUCUGAUCCUUAGACACCUCUGCAGCCAGCCAAGCAACGAAAGGAUCCGCGAGGGAAUCGCUUUAAAGAAUCUACCAAGAAAUCUAUCAGAUAUCUUUAACCGGAUUCUAGUUCGAAUUAUCUCCGAUGAGAAAGGUAGCAUCGUUAAAGCACUUCUUCCGUGGAUAGUGGCAGCAAAGCAGCCUCUGACGCUGUCCCAACUCGAGGAAUGCUGUCUGAUCACUCCACUUCAAGAGUAUAUUAUCCGUGAUCGAUAUGUGAAUGGAAUUCAUUUUAUCGACACUUGGUUCAAAGGUCUUGUUGAAGUUGAAUAUGAGACAAAAACGGUUCACUUUAUCCAUGCGUGCGUUCAACAAUUCUUUCUCACCGCGUCAGAUAACCCGGUCUUUUCGAACUUCCACGUUUGUCUCGAAGACGCUGAUCGCCAUAUUGGAGAUGUUUGCAUCACGUACUUGAACUUCAGCGAUUUUAAGACAACCUUAGCCCGAGUUCGUUCGCCCCUGCCACCAAUAGGUCCUGGCGAGAUCUGCCAAAAGGCCCUCAGCAAUGAGUGGAGUUGGCCUAGGCUCCUGAGACUCUCUCAGAGAAUCCACGGUCACAAGCAACGAGCCGCUGAUGUUGAUGCAACUAUUGCCUCGUUUAAAAGAGCUUCCGAUGCAACUUUUCAGGAAACUAUACUCCUUGAUCAUCCAUUUCUUCCCUAUGCUUCGACCCAUUGGCUCUCACACUCGGUUAACUUCGACCAAGGGCAAUGUCAAACAUGGAGUCUAUGGAAGAGUAUGUUAAUGCAUGGGCAUGAAUUGGCUGCAUCGCCAGUGUCUGAAGAGCAUCAUCGGACUAUCGAUGGGGCUACUGUUCUUUGGGCUACUCAUGAGAGGCACUUCGCACUUUUGUAUGUUGUCGUUAUGUCAACGGAACUAUCUGAACAACAUGAACCAGCCCUGGUCAACUAUGUGUUGAAAGAGAAUGAUACCGACCUUCUGCAUCGCAUGUUGAAAUGGGGAUUGUCGCUCAAUUCACUAUGCUGUGGAGCGGCGCGUAAUGGUCGCCUUGAGAUCAUCAAGACACUAUUUGAAGCAGGCGUGGACAUCAACAAUGGAUCGUUUGUAAAAGGCCCCAAAGGCUGGCUGGAGUCUGUUCCUCUCACUGAGGCUAUUGAGCAAGGCCAAGUCAAAGUUAUGGAGUAUCUUCUACAGAAGGGGGCAAACCCCGAUUCGACGCGUAGUCUCUUUUCAAGUUCAAGUCCGCUUGAGCUAGCGGCAGAAUUGGGGGGCUCGAAAGGCCUCCAGGCUUGCAGGGUGCUGGCUGACGCCGGGGCAAACACGAAGAAUACUAAAGCCCUGCUGAUAUCCUGUGCUCGUGGCGACAAGGAAAUCAUAAGACUCCUCCUUAACGCGGGUGCUGAUGUCAACGUCUCAUACCCUGCGCCGGAAUCGAAACUCCUAUCUAAAAAUGGUCUCUGGAACACUGCCCUACUGGAGGCUUUCACCGUUCCAAAGCCGGAAGCUGAUAUUAUUGAGGUUCUGAUUCAAGCUGCAGGAAAACGAAAUAUAGGACGUUUACCAGACAGUGGCUACAGACUAUUGAGAGAAUCGAUCAGGAGUGGCGAUUGCAAUUUGGUAAAAAUACUAAUACGGGAGGGCGCUGACCCUAGUGGGAGGCCUGAUUUUUUUCACGAUACUCCCUUGAUGCUAGCAGCUGAUGAAGGGUUGUUUGAAAUCAUGCACUAUCUACUGGAUAAUGGAGCUCGAGCUGGUGAUUUCAACGGCAUAACUGCAAGAAUACCGGCUUAUUUGAAAGAGGGAAAGGACUAUGAGGAGCUCUUAACUAAACUCAAACAAGCAGACUAA